AUGUCCACUGCAACGCGAAACACGUUGUCGCUCAGGCUCGUCAAGAUUCUGGGCUCGACGUACGACGACAACACAACGAGAGAGGCACUAGAGAUUCUUUCAACUCUCUAUAUCCCACCAUCAUCACGCAGCAAGGAUGCUACGACCACGAAACGCAAGUCACGGCAGGCUCGGGUAGAAGAAACCGUGGAUGGCGCUCUGAGUGAUGAAUCGGGAGACGAGGUAGCUCCAGCUGUCAACCCAGUCCCUAGCGUAGUCUCUGCGUUGGACGAAGAGCAGGCACUGAUCGAGGGAGCAGCAAAAGCGCGCAAAAACCUCAAGAAGGAUAUGGAGAACAAGUUAUCUCAGACGAGCAAAAUGUUUCUGGCUGCAUUUGCAGAAGUAAAUCAAAAUCUUGACACACUUCAAGAGCAGGUUGCUAUAAUGCAGGUUCAGUGCGAUACUGCACAGGCUCAUCUACAAGCAACGAACACGGCUUGUCGCCACCUACUCGAACGAGCGGAUGUGCUCCGACAACAGAGGCAAACCACGACAGCGAAACAGGCAGCCAUUGUGUCCUUUUUGUCGCGCUUCACUCUGACAGAGGAAGAGGAAGAAAUAAUCUCGUCGGCCGACUUCAAAGUGGGCCCAAAGCUAUUCGCAGUCAUUGAUCGAUGUGAGAAGAUCAAGUCUGAUUGCUUCACCCUCUCGACCAUUGAAGAUGGUGAGACGAGAGUAGGGGCAGAUAUCAAACAGUUGAUAGAUCAAAAGCUGGAGACGGGAUACGAAAAGAUUUUUCUAUGGACAAAAGAAGAGUUCCGGCAGCUCGCUCGGGAUAUCCACGCAGAACCCUCACCUGCUCUUCGCGAAUCAGUGCGAAGACUACGAGAGCGACCGGCACUGUUCAGUGAAGCGUUGGGUGCACUCUCUCUCAUUCGCCAAAACAGUCUACUAGCCUCCUUUUUGGCCGCCUUGACCAAAGGUGGUCCGGGUGGAUACCCAAGACCAAUAGAACUGCAUGCACAUGAACCGACGCGAUAUGUUGGUGAUAUGCUUGCAUGGAUUCACCAGGCAACCGCGGGUGAGCGCGAGUUUUUGGACGGUAUAUUCGAAGUCAGCAGCGAUGGUCGAAUGGUCGGAAGUGUGCGCGUAUUCAAUCAGGAGGAGAUAUCGGAGGAAGAAGGAUACAUUCGCGAGCUAUUGGACUCAAACUUGGAAAAGCUCUCUCCACCGCUGAAAACUCGAGUUCAACAGACGAUCAAGUCUCAAGAAGGCAGUGUCACUUCAUACAAAAUUGCAAAUUUACUGCAAUUCUACCAAACAACCAUGAAACGGACGAUCGGGGAAGAGGCCUUGAUAUCCCAAACACUAAAGGAAAUCACUGAAACGUCGCUCAAUGUCUUCUUUGACACCGUUAGGGCGCACGGCCGAAGCCUUUUACGGUUUCUUCAUCCACCAGAAGCAGACCUUGCACCUCCUAUGGCGCUCCGCGAGUCUUGCAUGAUCCUCCGUGAAAUUAUGCAAGUAUACGAUUCAUCAUUGAUCGAGGAUGAGACUCCACAGCAGCGACAAGAGGGAUUUAGAGACGUCCUGGAUAGCAUGGUCAAGCCGAUGCUGGAUAUGUGCACCACGAUGAGCAAUCUCAUGAAGAAGCCUGCCGCCAAGGGACCUGAUAUGUCAGCUUGGGACCGUGCAGUAUUCAUGAUCAAUUGCCUGGUUUACAUAGAGAGUGUUCUCCAACCCUUUGAAUUCACAGAGAAUAAGCGCAAAGAGCUCGAGACCUUGAUGGACGACAAUGUCCAAAUAAUUGUAGAAGCACACGUUGAUGCCCUAUUAGAGGAAAGCGGAAUCGGUACGCUAGUCGCAACGUUGGACGAUACCGGCCGUGAAAUGCCUCUAUCCCGUGUUCCAAACUGCGCAUCUCAGGAUGUCUCGACUGCUCUGCACACAUUCGAUACAUUCUUAUCAAAUCUGGAUGUCUCGUCUUCCCCGCACCUAUCUCUACUGACCUUGCCACGUCUUGGGACGCUGAUACAUAGGACAGCGCUCGAACGUGUCGCUCGAGCAUAUGGACGACUGUGCGUGGCUAUUCGAGAUCCGAAGAACAAAUACGAAUUCGCCGGGACAUUGCUUGGAGGGCGGCGACCGUUUGGUCAGAUGUCGACAUUGUAUCAAGUACUUGGAUUGGAUCAAGUCGACGAACAAGACGCGGAAUAG